UUUUUGCAUAGAGUUUCACACGCAAUCGAAAGGCUACGGAGACAUAAAGGAGCUCGGCGCAGUGCUUACCUGUCCUUAGGUGUGGGGGUGACUGGGGGCCCUUACUUCACUGUCACCUGGGAAUUUCUCUGGUAUCAGGGUUUCGGGUUGUUAACAUUUGCUUUAUUUCUUUUCAUUUUUUUUCUUCUUCCGUUUACUUGUGUAUUUUUAAAAAAUGACGGUCAAUCCUGAAUACCUGGUGCUGCUCUUCACCACGACGUCUGGCGCGAGCGGAGACCUGUUAGGUUCAGACGAGAAGGAAAUCAUUCAGCUGGUGUGGCAGGUCUUGAAUUUAGGCAAUAAAACGACUGGUGCAGUGAAUGAAGUGCUGGUGAAGCCGGAGAGUGUGGAGCUGACGGAGGACUGCAGGGAGGCGAGCGGCCUCAGUGAGGAGGCCCUUUCAGCUGCUGCUCCGCUCGAACAAGCUCUCAGUCAGUUUAAUGAAAGGUUGCAGUCAGAAAUAAGCACAAGUUCAGGAAACUCCUUCUGCCUCUGCACGGAUGGUCAGCUUCACCUGCGUCAGGUUCUGCACCCAGAAGCUUCCAGCAAGAACAUCCCACUACCCGAAUGUUUUUUCUCGUUUUUUGACCUGCGGAAAGAGUUCAAGAAGCAUGUCCCAUCUGCGGCUGAUCUGAAGGAUUUGGAUCUUAAGUUUAUGACAGAUUACCUGAAUGUGAAGGUGGAUUCUGUUAAUAACUUUACUGCGCUAAAGAUUCAGCAGAUGUCCAGCAUUGCUCUAGCACUCGUCUCUGAGCCUGUCUGUCAACUGUUCUCGUGCCCUGAGAAAGUGAAUGAGAAGUUUGAAACUGGUACCUGCAGCAAGAUGGAGAGGAUAGAUGACAAUACUGUGAUCAGGGCUCGAGGCCUUCCCUGGCAAUCCUCAGACCAGGACGUUGCACGCUUCUUCAGGGGUCUCAACAUUGCCAAAGGGGGUGCUGCUCUAUGCCUGAAUGCUCAGGGCAGAAGGAAUGGUGAGGCACUCGUUCGGUUUGAGAGUGAAGAACACCGGGACCUGGCGCUGCAGAGACAUAAACAUCACAUGGGCUCAAGAUACAUUGAGGUUUAUAAAGCAACUGGUGAAGACUUCUUAAAGAUAGCAGGAGGCACCUCUAAUGAAGUUGCAAAAUUCCUCUCACGGGAGAACCAGGUGAUCGUGCGCAUGCGAGGGUUACCGUUCACUGCCACAGCUGAGCAGGUGCUGCAGUUCUUCGCUCCGUCGUGCCCAGUGACGGACGGCACAGAGGGUAUACUAUUUGUGCGCUUCCCUGAUGGCAGGCCCACCGGGGACGCUUUUGUCUUGUUCUCCUGUGACGAGUACGCAGAGAAUGCACUGAAGAAGCACAAGGAAAUCCUGGGCAAGAGGUACAUUGAGCUGUUCAAGAGCACAGCGGCAGAGGUGCAACAGGUUUUGAACAGAUAUUCCUCGGUGCCGCUAAUUCCAGUGGCCCCCUCACCUAUCCUGCCCUUAGUUGCCCAGCCAGCGUUUGUGCCACCAACAAUUGCUGCCAUACACGGAACGAGGGACUGUCUGAGACUGAGAGGUCUGCCAUAUGACGCUACUGUUCAAGAUAUCCUGCUAUUCCUAGGCGAAUACACAGCCGAUAUUAAACCACAUGGAGUACACAUGGUUCUCAAUCAGCAGGGCCGUCCAUCGGGUGAUGCAUUCAUCCAGAUGCGGUCGGUGGAAAGGGCGCAUGCUACAGCUCAGCGCUGCCACAAGCGCAGCAUGAAGGAACGCUACGUGGAGGUAUUCGCCUGCUCGGCACAGGAGAUGAAUGUGGUGCUGAUGGGUGGCUCGCUCUCAAGGAGCGGCCUUUCGCCGCCACCAUGUAAGUUACGACGUCUAUCUCCUGCAUCUUACUCUUUCCCUCCUGCGGGGGCUGUACUUCCUGCUGGCGCAGUGCUUCCUACAGGGGCAGUCCUUCCUGUGGAGGCAGCAGGUCUCUAUCCCUCCCAGUUCCUGUUGAGUCCCCGCCCAAUGGCACCGGCUACGUUCUACCCAGCUAACAACCAGAUGUACAUAAACUACACGGCCUACUAUCCAAGCCCCCCAGGUUCUCCACCCAAUGUGGGCUACUUCCCAGCAAGUACACACACACCUGGCUCUGUCCUCUCCAGCCCACAUGCAGCACUGAUCAGGAUGCAGGGCCAUACAUCCACUCAUACCUACACCAACGGAGUAAAGGAAAUCCUCAGCAUGGUGCAGGCUUAUCAGCCCAGCAACAGUGAAGCCUUGGUUACUCUGCCCCCCCUGCUCUCAGCCAAACAACCUAUGGCAGAUCAGAGCCUCGGAGGAGGGGCCUAUCUGGACUUGCAGUUGAUGUAGUCUGUGCCAGUCAUAAAGCCACAUCGUUUUAUUGGAAAAGUUUGGCCCUCAGCAACAUAGCAUGUUUUGUCAUUCUAGCUAUUUAUGUGAACUUAUAAAAAGAAUAUAUUAGAAUGUUUGUAUAUAUUGCACACUGUUUUACUGCAUUGCUAUAUAUGAGUUCAGUAAUAUUCUGCUUGUAGACAAGUAGUAGUUUCUCUCAGAGAUAUAUGUGCCUUUGUUUUGUGUGUGUGUGUGUGUGUGUGUGUGUGUUAUAACGAAUAAUCGCUCAGGAAAAAGUUAAACCAGAAUGAGCAUUUUUUUUUGCCAUCUGCUUCGAAUCAAACUUUCUAUUAUUCAUUUUUCAGCCAAAUUGUUAGAAAAAAUUGCAUAUCUUUCUGUAGAGAUCUCUGUCUUUUUGUGUGUGUGUGUGUGUGUGUGUGUGUGUGUGUGUGUGGCCUUGUCUGAUGUGAAUGUUGUGAGUGUUCGUGCCUUUAUCCCAGCUGAUGUGACUCUACAGUUAGUAUGUUGGAACGCAUAUAGAUGGCCUCAAGCUUGACUUUUUUUUUUUUUUUUUUUUUUUUAAGCUUCUACGAUGAAGUUCAAAGAGCUAUGUAACAUGAAAUGUUUACAAGGUAUGCCACAUCCUUAUGCGUGGCCGAGUGCAGUAGGUUUGGAGCACAGGUGUCGUCGCUCACAGAAGUUUGCUUUAAUCAUUUCGCCAAAAACCAUUCAGGGUCAGAAAAAGGAACAACCAGUACUUACUGUACUCUCUCUCUCUCUCUCUCUCUCUCUCUCUCUAUAUAUAUAUAUAUAUAUGUGUGUGUGUGUGUGUGUGUGUGUGUGUGUGUGUGUGUGUGUGUGUGUGUGUGUGUAUAUAUGUAUGUGUGUGUGUGUGUGUGUGUGUAGCUGUUGUGCCUCAUCCUUUAAAUACACAAGUGUCAUCCUCAACCAUUUGAUAGAGAAACACUUGUACCAUUUAGUUUUAAUUGCUGCAAAUCGGUAGACGUUUUUAUGUUUUAUGUAUGUCUGUGUGUGUGUGUGUGUGUGUGUGUGUGUGUGGGUGCAAUAAUCAGUGUGUGUACUUACUGUGCUCAACAAGUGUUUUGGGCCUACUAGAACAGACAUACACACAUGUAUUUCAGAUUAUCAAGGUUGUUUGUGCAUGUAAUGUGAUUUGAAUUACAAGCCUGUGUCAAUGCACAGGCUUUUUUUUAUUGGCCAUGAUUCUCACAGCUUGUUCUCACUGCUUUUUUUAGUAAAGAAUUUUUAAUUAUGUCUAGACUUUUAUAAAAUGUAGGAUUAAAACAUUUUUUUCACUAAGAUGCAACGUUUUAGCUCCAUUGAGUUCCUUCCCAAACGUGCCAACAGGAAGUAGUACAGAAAGCACUACUUAAUUAUACCAGGAAAAUCUCAAUUUAUGCCAUAUCAGAUGUCAGACAUUUGUUUGGCUAUAAUGUUAUGGACAAAGUGUUAUUUUAUUUUGGUAUUUUUAUGUUAACUUAAAAAGAAAAAAAAAUAAAGAAAAAUGUUAACAAAUGUAUGGAAUUAUUAUUAUAUUUGACUUUAGUGAUUUAAUUUCUUCUACACUCGUGAUCUGUAAUUUAUCAAAAUGCAAUAAGGGCAAGCUGUUUUAAAUGAGCACUUAUUUCCCAUCUGAUUCUGCAUCAUUGCAAACCUUGGUCCUUCAAUAAAGCACAUAAUUGCCA